AUGAGGAAGGAAAUAUGCAAGGACGGAAGGAAGCGAGGAAGCAAGGAAGGAAGGAAGGAAGCAAGAAAAGAAGAGGCGAGGGAGGAAGGAAGCGAGGAGGGAAGGAAGCGAGGAAGCAAGGUGGGAAGCAAGCGAGGAAGGAAAGAUGCGAGGAAGGAAGGAAGCAAAGAAGGAAGGAAGCAAGAAAAGAAGAGGCGAGGAAGAAAGGAAGGUAGGAAGCGAGAAAGGAAAGAAGCAAGGAAGGAAGGAAGCGAGGAAGGAAAGAAGCGAGGAAGCAAGGAAGGAAGGAAGCCAGGAAGGAAGGAAGCAAGGAAGGAAGGAAACGAGGAAGGAAAGAAGCGAGGAAGCAAGGAAGGAAGGAAGCCAGGAAGAAAGGAAGCGAGGAAGCAAGGAGGGGAAAAAGCAAGGAAGGGAGGAAGCAAGGAAAGGAGGAAGCAAGGAAGGAAAGAAGCAAGGAAGGAAGGAAGCCAGGAAGGAAGGAAGCGAGGAAGCAAGGAAGGAAGGAAGCCAGGAAGAAAGGAAGCGAGGAAGCAAGGAGGGAAAGAAGCAAGGAAGGAAGCAAGGAAGAAGGAAGGAAGCAAGGAAAGGAGGAAGCAAGGAAGGAAGGAUGCGAGGAAGGAAGUAAGCGAGGAAGAAAGGAAGGAAGGAAGGAAGCAAGGAAGGAACGAAGCGAGGAAGGAAGGAUGCAAGGAAGCGAAGAAGGUAGGAAGUGAGGAAGCAAGGAAGGGAGGAAACAAGGAAGGGAGGGAGGAUGCAAGAAAGGAAGGAAGAAAGCAAGGAUGGAAGGAAGGAAGCGAGGAAGGAAGGAUGGAAGAAUGCGAGGAAGCAAGGAAGCGAGGAAGGAAGGAAGCGAGGAAGGAAGCGAGGAAGGAAGGGAGGAGGGAAGCAAGGAAGGAAGCAAGAAAGAAAGGAAGCGAAAGAAUGAAGUGA